AUGGCGAUUGCCUCUUUGCAACAACCAACACAGGCGGAGAUGCCACCACCACCACCACCAUCUGGUUUAUCGCUGUGGCCGCAAUUAGAACAGCAACAACAACAGCAAUCGCAACAACCGCACACCCCCCGACAACCAUCCUUCGCCGAACGCAAAUCCCACCAACAACAACAACAACAACAAGAACAACAACACGCCCGCCGGGGGUCCUCUCCCGAAAAGGGACAGUCGAGGUUUCUGGAAGGGAGCAUGAACGAUCGCGUCAGCGCGGUGCCCCCGCCGGAAUUCAUCACUGGGAAUAAAACCGAAGAGGAGAUACGUGAGUGGGAGAGGCAGUUUUAUUAUCCGCCGUCCUCUUCUUCGCCUUAUCACGGGGGAGGAGUGACAAUGUCCACUCCUGCGAGCCCGACAAUGUCGGGGUUUGGUGGGCAUCCGUUGAUGAGGCCGAGGAGCAGUUUGCAGGUUUGGGGUGGCGGGUAUAACGGACAGGUGCAACAGAAAAAGAGCAGCGGUUUUUUGGCGCCGCUUUGGGAUGGCGUGAGGGAGAAGCUGAGGGGGAGUAGGAGUUCGGGGAGUAUGGAGGGAGUGAUGAUGCAGGGGCAGGGGCAUGGGGAGAGGGCGAAGGUGGUGACCAUGGCAGAACAAUCACAACAACCACAACAGCAACAGCAAAAGAAGGAGGCGUCGUCGUCCAGGCCGGCGAGCCCGGUGAAGCCGUCGAGUAUUGUUACUGGCGCGGCGAACGGGACGAGUUAUCCCUCUAGGGAGGAGGUGCUGGCGAGUUACAAGAGUUUGCAGGCUUCGGGGUUUUUCAGUGCGCAUGCUAUCAAGGGGACUAGACAUCCCCUUCGCAACGCUGCCAGCGCACCGAUGACGAGGACGACGACGGAGAUGCAGGUUGCGGGAACGAUGUCGCCUUCUGGACCGUCGAGCCCGACAAGUAGUUUGUAUGUCAAUGGGGAUAGGAGGUCGUUCGCGGAUAGGUUGGCUGCCGUGAACAGUCAGCAGCAGCUGCGACCUGCGCCUUCGACUGCGAGCUUUCGGAGUCCGGCGGCGCCAACGAGGGCGCCUCCGCCGCCACCGCCGGAGGAGGAGAAUUCGGAGGAUGCGAGUCCGAGUCGGGGGACCAAGAGGCCGAGUCAGGACAUUCACGGGGAGCAGGAGACUGCGACUAGGAAGCUGGUGAAGAAGCUGAGGAGGUCGAACAGUCGGACGUCGACCAAGACGAACUUUACAACGCAGACAGCAAAUUUUUACGGGGGUCAUCAUCAUCAUCACCAUCACAAGUCAAGGCCGUCGACCUCGUCGGCGAUGUCGGGGUUUAGUUUGUUUGGGGGGGCGUCGCUUUAUACCACGACGAGCACGGUCGUGGACCCGGAGCAGCAGACGCCGACUCAAAGCCCGAGCAAAUCGGCGAAGCUGAGGUCCAAGAUGAGUUUUGGGAAUUUGGUCUCGGGGAAGCUGACGAAGGAGAAGAAGGAGAAGAAGGAGAAGAAGGAGAGGACGAGUUUUCUUGGUGGGUUGAGGAGGAAGACGAAGGGGUCGAAGACGCCGGCGGCGGAACAGCAGCAGCAACAGCAGCAGAGUGUUCAGAGGGAGGAGGAUGUCGAUAUGGGGAUCAACAUUCCGGCGCAGGUCGCGCAGAGUAUGGUGCAACCUAGCCGUUAUGACGAUGACGAUGAUGAGAUGAUGCUUGAUGAGCCCUAUAUCACGCCUCACCCGACUCACUAUCACGUUUCGAACCCGCACCCGCACCCGCACCCUCACCCUCACCAUCAUGUCUUGCAUCAGAGGGGUAACAGCCUGCCGUUGGCGACUCUGACCGAAUCUUCCCCUUCGAGAAGAAACAUCACCCCGCCUACUUCGGCGUUUUACACCUCGCAUGGGCACCAGCCACGGAUCAGGAGGAGCUUGGAGAUGGAGUUGGAGAAUGAGGUUGUUAUUCCGGAUGCGAAUAGGGGGAUUCCAAAGGUGCCCAAGAUUCCGAGGACGUACUACACGGGCAAGGCGGUGGUGGUGGACAUUGACGAGGAGAGGAGGGUGAAGAGGGAGAGUUUGCAGGUUUUGAUGGGGAAGCAGAGGAAGCAUAGGGAUAGCGGGAUGAGCGGGUUUUCUUGGGGGAGCGGGGGGAGGAGUUUUAGCGGUGUCAGUGGGGGGAGUGGGAUGAGCGGGAGCGGGCAGGAGAAUAGGGGGGAGGUGUAUGUUCAUCCUAGUCAGAGCGGGUGGUGA